CCCGCCGGGGGCCCCGGGGGCCGCGGAGCCGCCGCCGCCGCUGAUGCCGCCGCUGCUGAGACCCGGCGGGCGAUGGGAUGAAGAUGAGACGCUACAAGCUCUUUCUCAUGUUCUGUAUGGCCGGCCUGUGCCUCAUCUCCUUCCUGCACUUCUUUAAGACCCUGUCCUAUGUCACCUUCCCCCGAGAACUGGCCUCCCUCAGCCCUAACCUGGUGUCCAGCUUCUUCUGGAACAAUGCCCCGGUCACGCCCCAGGCCAGCCCCGAGCCGGGCAGCCCCGACCUGCUGCGUACCCCGCUCUAUUCCCACUCGCCCCUGCUCCAGCCGCUGUCGCCAAGCAAGGCCACGGAGGAAAUCCACCGGAUGGACUUAGUGCUGCCCGAGGACACCACCGAGUACUUCCUCCGCACCAAAGCCGGGGGCGUCUGCUUCAAGCCAGGUACCAAGAUGCUGGAGAAGCCGCCAUCAGGGCGGCCGGAGGAGAAGGCAGAGGCGGGCGAAGGCGCAUCGGCGCGGGGACCGGGCCGGCAGCUGCUGAGCAGCCGGCAGCGGCCGGGGGGGCGCGCGCGGCGCAAGUGGGUAGAGUGCGUGUGCCUUCCGGGCUGGCACGGGCCCAGCUGCGGCGUGCCCACCGUGGUGCAGUACUCCAACCUGCCCACCAAGGAGCGCCUGGUGCCCCGGGAGGUGCCGCGGAGGGUCAUCAACGCCAUCAACAUCAACCACGAGUUCGACCUGCUGGACGUGCGCUUCCACGAGCUGGGCGACGUGGUGGACGCCUUCGUGGUGUGCGAGUCCAACUUCACGGCCUACGGGGAGCCGCGGCCGCUCAAGUUCCGCGAGAUGCUGACCAACGGUACCUUCGAGUACAUCCGGCACAAGGUGCUCUACGUCUUCCUGGACCACUUCCCGCUGGGCGGGCGGCAGGACGGCUGGAUCGCCGACGACUACCUGCGCACCUUCCUGACGCAGGACGGCGUGUCGCGGCUGCGCAACCUGCGGCCCGACGACGUCUUCAUCAUCGACGACGCCGACGAGAUCCCCGCUCGCGACGGCGUGCUCUUCCUCAAGCUCUACGACGGCUGGACGGAGCCCUUCGCCUUCCACAUGCGCAAGUCACUCUACGGCUUCUUCUGGAAGCAGCCGGGCACCCUAGAGGUGGUGUCGGGCUGCACGGUGGACAUGCUGCAGACGGUGUACGGGCUGGACGGCAUCCGCCUGCGCCGCCGCCAGUACUACACCAUGCCCAACUUCCGCCAGUACGAGAACCGCACGGGCCACAUCCUGGUGCAGUGGUCGCUGGGCAGCCCCCUGCACUUCGCCGGCUGGCACUGCUCCUGGUGCUUCACGCCCGAGGGCAUCUACUUCAAGCUGGUGUCGGCCCAGAACGGUGACUUCCCCCGCUGGGGUGACUACGAGGACAAGCGAGACCUCAAUUACAUCCGGAGCUUGAUCCGCACAGGGGGCUGGUUCGACGGCACGCAGCAGGAGUACCCGCCGGCCGACCCCAGCGAACACAUGUAUGCCCCUAAGUACCUGCUCAAGAACUACGACCAGUUCCGCUACCUGCUGGACAACCCCUACCAGGAGCACAAGAGCACAGCAGAGGGUGGGCGGCGGAGCAAGGGUCCGGAGGGAAGGCCGCCCGCCAGGAGCAAAUUGGACGUGGUUGAAGGCUAA